CAAGUUACCCGGCAAAAACACACCUACCCACCGAUAGCGCAACAUCGAUUUUGGGGGCGAGAAAAAAAAUCCACUUAGCAACAACCUAAAAAAUGGCCAAACAUGCAAAAACCAACAACGAAGACAAUCGCCCUUCCGACGACAGUGAAGUGGAGGGAUUGGAGCGGAAAGAGAGGAGGAAGAAAAAGUCAAAGUCUCAGGAUGGCGCCGAAGACGAUACACUCAAACGACGCACUGUUUUCAUCCGUUCCCUCCCAUACACAGCGACCACAGAAUCCCUAUCGACCCACUUCUCCUUCAUUGCACCGUUAAAACAUGCAACCGUCGUCGCUGAUCCCGUUACCAAAAAGUCCCGCGGUUUCGGUUUCGUCACAUUCCUUGACCCUGAGGACGCGCAAAAGGCUGUCAAGCAAUUUAACGGCGCCGAGUUCGGGGGCAGGAGAUUGAAGGUCGAGAUUGCCGAGAAGCGACACCGUGAGACUGCUCUCAGCGAAGGAGAGGUGAAGAAGGGGAAGACGGUAGAUGGAGAGGGCGUCAAGAAGCGGGCGCCUAGAUUGAUUGUUAGAAAUCUGCCGUGGAGCGUUAAGAAGCCGGAGGAUCUGGUCAAGAUUUUUCAGAGUUAUGGGAAGGUUCGAGGUGUUAUUAUUCCUAGGAAGGGGAAUAUGCCUAAUGGCCCGAUGAGUGGGUUUGCAUUUGUCACCAUGAAGGGGUACAAGAAUGCCGAGAAUGCUAUUGAGAAGACUAAUGGGAUGGAGAUUGAUGGAAGGACGGUUGCGGUGGAUUGGGCGGCGGAGAAGAAUGAGUGGGAGCAAAAGAAGGAGGCCGAGGAUAUGGAUAUUGAUGGGGACGAAGAGGAGAAGGGGGAAGAUGCGGCUGAAGAUAGUGAUGAGGGCAGCGGGGUUGGUGUUAUUGGAGAUGAUGAUGCUGAGAGCAUGGACAAUGCAUCUGACGCAUCGUCUGAUGAAGGUUCAGACAUUGAGGACUUUGACGACGAUGAAGAUGAAAGAAACGGUACACAGAAGAAAUUCUAUUCUGUGGAAGAAGAGAAAUCACUUACUGUCUUCAUCCGCAAUCUCCCCUUUUCGACCGACGAUGAAACCCUCCAUGAGCAUUUCAAAUCGAGCUUUGGUCCUGUCCGCUAUGCGAGGAUCGUGAUGGACCAUGCUACGGAACGCCCUCGGGGAACCGGUUUUGUCUGCUUCUUCAAUAAAGAAGAUUGUGAUAGGUGUCUAGCUGAUGCCCCCCAUCAGCAGUUCCUAGCUACAAAGGGCAAGUCUCUCCUACAAAACGAAGGAGACGACCCUAGCGGAAGGUACACAAUCGACGGCCGCAUUCUCCAGCUUACGCGGGCUGUGAAUAAAGCAGAAGCCACAAAGCUUCAAGAGGCCGGCCUAGCACAAAGAGAUAAAGCACAGGGUGAUAAACGUCGACUAUUUCUCUUACAGGAAGGGACUAUUCUAGCGUCUUCACCCGCAUUCCAACAGCUUUCCAAUAGCGAGAGACUUCUCCGGGAAGCGUCUUUGAAGCAACGCAAAACUCUCCUUCAGUCAAAUCCUAUGCUCCAUUUAUCACUUACACGACUUUCCAUUCGCAAUUUACCUAGAUCUAUCACGGCAAAAGAUUUGAAGCAGCUUGCUAGAGAGGCUGCUGUUGGAUUUGCCGCAGACGCCAAGGCUGGCAAACGGAAACGGUUGUCAAAGGAAGAGUUGAUUCGUGGUGGAGAUGAGGACCGUGAAGCAGAAAGACGAAGAAAGGCGCAGGGCAAAGGAAUUGUUCGGCAAGCAAAAUUUGUGGAAGAGAAGGCCGGAGCAGGCCGGAGCAGAGGAUAUGGGUUCAUUGAGUAUUCAUCACACCGCUGGGCUCUUAUGGGAAUACGCUGGUUGAAUGGACAUGAAGGAAAGGGGAAAGGAACUGUUCCACCCCCCGCAAUUGAAGAGAAGAAAAAAUUGAUCGUUGAAUUUGCGAUCGAGAAUGCACAGGUUGUAGCAAGGCGGAAGGAAAAAGAAGAGAAGGCGAGAGAGAGGUCUAAGCUAGUCGCCGAAGGGAAAGCCAAGCCUCUGGAAUCUACAAAAGAGAAGAAGCAGUUUGCUGCCAAAGGCAAAGCAGCGGUGAAGGCUCGAGGGGGAGGAAAGGGAUUUAGCGGCGGAAAGCGGAAGAGGGAGGAGAUGGCAACAGAUGUGAGAGAGAGUCCCAGCAAAAAUGUUAAAAAGGAUGAGGGGGAGGCAAAGGCCGCGAGGAUAAUUGCCAGAAAGAGACAGGUUAGGAGGAGGGCUGGGAGGGGAGGUGCAUGAUAUAAUACUAUGUAUUUUUAUGUCCUGAGGUUGUGUCUUGUAAAUGUACUGUGCAGAUGUUGCCAUAUCCUGUGUCGAUGACAGUAUACUCAAAAGCGUUCCCCAGUCAAUAUAAUAACAUUAUUACCA